UGCUCACUCCACUUCCUCCGCUGCCGGGAGUAGCCAUGGCGGCCAUGAGCCUGCUGCAGCGGGCUUCGGUCGCCGCGUUGACAGCGCUGUCUGGCCGCCGUGCUGGCACUAGACUCGGGGUCGGAAGUCUUCUCACACGGACCUUUCCGAAGACUGUCGCUCCUGUGCGCCACAGUGGGGACCAUGGCAAGAGACUGUUCAUCAUCAAGUCUUCUUCAUUCUAUGACAACCGCUUUUUAAGGUUACUGAAAUUCUACAUUUUGUUGACUGGGAUUCCAGUUGUAAUUGGCAUAACGCUGGUGAACAUAUUUAUUGGUGAAGCCGAACUUGCAGAAAUCCCAGAAGGCUACAUCCCAGAACACUGGGAGUAUUACAAGCACCCAAUAUCAAGAUGGAUUGCCAGAACUUUCUAUAAUUCUCCCGAAAAGAAUUAUGAGAAGACCAUGGCUAUCCUCCAGAUUGAAUCUGAAAAGGCUGACUUACGGAUAAAGGAGCUUGAAGUUCGAAGACUGAUGCGUGCCCGUGGUGACGGACCCUGGUUUCAAUAUCCAACCCUUGAGAAGGAAUUCAUUGAUCAUUCUCCAAAAGCAACGCCUGACAACUGAUAACUCACUUGUCUGAGAACAGCGUCCUCCCUAGUGGAAGGAGAUGAAUAAAUAGUCUGUAUUUUGACUCUCAUGCGCACAAGCUCCCGUGGCUGUUUCUCCAUGUGGCUCAGUUCCGUGUGGGCUUUUAGCUGCGCUGUUGACAUUUACUGGGCAGUAAUAAGAACCGGAGGUCUGUGACACCGUUGGUAAGCUGCCAAGUCUUUGUCUGGCAGGUAGAAGUGCAUGGGUACUGUCAAUAGUCAGGACCUGUAGUCAUCUGUGCUGCAUUGCAGAUGGGGUUAUUCGCCACUACUUGGAGUUUUAACUUUCAUGAGAAAUGCAGAAUAACCAUAUAAAAAGUUAGUGCCACAAUAAACAAAUUUUAGUGAA